AUGGCCAAAGCCCUUCUCUUUCUCUUUCUUUUCUCGUUUCUGAACUCUUUAAACGCCCAAUCUAUUUCCACAAACACUCCCCUUCCCCCUUUGCAAUGGAUUAGGCUCGACGGUUUUCAAGGCCCAGCACCGCCCCCUCUCCGCGAUGCUGCUCUGGGUUAUGAUGAGGAUACCCGCAAUCUCAUAGUAUUUGGAGGGGAAUCUCAAGGAGGUUUCGUCCAGUCCAGCACUUUUCUUUUGAAUCUGGACACCCUGACAUGGUCUAUUCCUUCGCCACCGGGUGGCCUCGAUGCAACACCGGCUGCGCGUAGCUCAGCAGUUUCGGGAGUCGAUUUCGCAGCGAGCAACCGACAUGCCUUUAUAGUUAUCGGUGGAAAGGGUGCAAACGACGCUGCUUUAUCCGAUGCAUGGGCGUUCGACUUCACCAACCACUUUUGGUCACAGAUAGACAUACCACCUGCCAGCGGUCCUGCACCCAGAUGGGGGUCGUCUGGGGGAAUCGAUACUCGCAUUGCACCUGUUCAAGAUAGCGUCGUUCCCGGUCCCAACAACACCUUCUACCUCGCCGGUGGGUCAGACAAGGACAGGAUAUACCCUCUCUCCGAUGUCUGGCGGCUCAAGAUCUCCGGAACACUGUCGGCCAACCUACCGGGAGCUAUUCGUGGUAGCUGGGAGAGAGUGGAACUAGAUGAAGAAUUGCCAGGGAGAGAACGUCAGGGAGGGGCUGUCGUUGGAUAUUCGAUUGUAUCCAGCGGGGGCUGCAACGUCGAUGUCAACGACGAGGACGACGACCCAACCUGCGCCCAACAAGAUUCUUAUGUUAUCGAUUCUCAAACCAGGUCAUCGAUCUCUCCUGCUCCCUGUCCUCCACCGCGUUUGGAUCCGGUCCUCAUACCCAACAUGAAUGGAAACUCUUCUCGGUUUGCCUCCCAAGUCUUCCUGACACUCGGCACGACCAACACUUCACUCUGGGAUGACGAUGGAGGUUUGCACAAAGGGGAAAUUGAUGUCCUCGACGUGAGUACCGGUACAUGGAGCCGAAUCAUCCCUGCUGGUCAUUCAGGGCCAUCAGGGGAGGUUUCCUACCCAACCCCAAGAGAAGGUGCCGCUGUUUUUGCUUCUAACCGCGGCCUAGUAGGUUCCGCCCGGGAUGGAGUCGCAGAUACCCUUAUCUUUGGCGGGCGGGAUUCAACAGGAAGAUAUCUGUCAGAAGUAUGGCUGCUGCGCUCAUAUUCGGCUGCCAUUACUUCCUCCUUUGCAACUUGGCACGGAUUCGGCGAUGGCAAUCUGCAGUCUGGUAUCGACGCAUCAGGUUCAGGCGUUACCCUAGAAUACCUCCAACGUUGCGCUACGAUGAAGGAGCCAUCACAGCCGGGACAAGGAGGAGACCAAGGGGGAGAUAAGCCAGAUUCACCCAAUUCUCCAUCCACGCAGGAAUUUGACACCGACCUAUACCACAAACUACUCUCACCACUCUCACUUGCCCUCCUCUUUCUUUCCGCAUUUCUCUUUCGUUUCUUUGAUCUUUCCUUUCACGGUUCCACAUCACAAAGACUUUAUACUCUUUUCCUUCUCUCUUUUACAAUCGCCUCAUACACGCUGGGCAUCGCUGGUUUUGUGCUGGGAUUCACAUCCCUGUCUUUUAUCACCUCAGAUAGGGAGGAACGCUCCGCGCCUCACCUAACGACAAGUCAUGGGCUCAUCUCCCUGGUCUUCUUUGCCUUGCUCUACGCCGCAACCCCCGUGAUCUUACUCUGUUCUUAUCUAUCCCGUCAGCCGAAGCAGACACUGUCAGAUACGCAGAGCCAGGCUUCGGCUUUGCGCAACCUUUCCCCCUCACCCACAGAGAAGACGGAACCCAUCCGGCGGGAAUCGAGUCACUCUCCUUCCCCCAGUGGACUUUACUCCCCUCCAAUGUCACCUCGCUCUCAAUCAGCGAUACUUCAGUCCACGUCCAACCCACCGCGGCGAAGUCUUGAAGCGUUGUCUACAGAUGGGGAAUCCAUCAUGUCCGGAAGUCCUCGUCGGGGAUUCGAAGUCCUGAAUAGACCCGCUCGGACGAGGAAACACAGCGAGACUUGGUCGACAUCACUAGGCCAUGGUUCUCCCCCGCCUCUUCCAUCUUCCCGAAGCCUCGGAGAGAUCGACUGGUUAUUGCGAAGGAGGAGCGUUAAUGCAGUGGGUGAACUUGAUUAUGCCUUGAGUGUUGCCCACAACGCACAGCGAGCAAGCAUUGCGACCUCAGACGCACUACACCUCACCCCGCCGCCUCCGAUUAACCAUCAACCACAGCGCCCACCCGCACUGGACAUGUCGGCCUAUUUCGUCGCCCAGAUCGGCUUUCUUGGUCUGAACAUCAUGACACUGAUCGCUCUUUGGAAACAUGCACCAAAAGCGGUUUUCGUUGUCUUUGUUCUUUGGGUGAUUAUCAUUUACUUGGUCGCCCUUUUCGUUCCUCAGCGCUUUAGCACGGAGGAGUUCCUUCUUUCGAAGCUGAAACGUCAAGCAACACCAUCGCCACCACCGCCUGAAGCGGGUCCAACUUCAAGCCCCUUGCCGCAUGCAACAGAAUUGCAGGCGCCAAUCCGCCCACUGGGCCCAUAUCUGCAUCAGCCACCUUUUCUCCGAACAGUUCCAGCAGAUCCUGUCUACAACAUUUCGGACGAUCCCAGAAGCGUGGAAGGCGACGAUGACGACGAUGAUAUCGAUGAUGAAACUCGCCAACGAAUGAUAGAAGAGGAAAUGGACCGGAGAGAAGUAUCUAUUGUCACUGUACCGAAGCGCAAACUGUGGGUGGCCAACCCAUCGUAGCAGUGACAUUCGCCCACACGGGCAUCUCGUUGGUCUCCAGAAUUACAUUACUAGACAAUCAGGACUACUGUAUUGGUUGUACUAAUCAAGUUG